GAUGGCUCCACGGUCCCUGAGGGGCCUGUUCCCAGCGCUUCUCGGGGGUCUGAGUCUCUUCCUCAGCCUCCCAGGACCCAGCAGGCCCCAACCAUCUCCGUCUCCCCAGGCUUCUCCCCCGCCUGAGCCCCAUCCUUGUCAGACCUGCCGGGGGCUAGUCAACAGUUUCAACAAGGGCCUGGAGAGAACUAUCCGGGACAACUUUGGAGGUGGAAACACUGCGUGGGAGGAAGAGAAGUUGUCCAAAUACAAAGACAGUGAGACCCGUCUGGUGGAGGUGCUGGAAGGAGUAUGCAGCAAGUCGGACUUUGAGUGUCACCGCCUGCUGGAACUGAGUGAGGAGCUGAUGGAAGCCUGGUGGUUUCACAAGCAGCAGGAAGCCCCGGACCUCUUCCAGUGGCUCUGCUCAGAUUCCCUGAAGCUCUGCUGCCCCUCAGGCACUUUUGGGCCCUCCUGCCUUCCUUGUCCUGGAGGUGCUGAGAAGCCCUGCGGUGGCUACGGGCUGUGUGAAGGAGAAGGGACUCGAGGGGGCAGUGGUCGCUGCGACUGCCAAGCUGGCUAUGGGGGUGAGGCCUGUGGCCAGUGUGGCCUUGGCUACUUUGAGGCCGCGCGCAACGCCAGCCAUCUGGUAUGUUCGGCUUGUUUUGGCCCCUGUGCCCGCUGCUCAGGCCCUGAGGAAUCACACUGUUUGCAGUGCAGAAAUGGUUGGGCCCUGCAUCACCUCAAGUGUAUAGACAUUGAUGAGUGUGGCACAGAGCGAGCCAGCUGUGGAGCUGACCAGUUCUGCGUGAACACAGAGGGCUCCUAUGAAUGCCGAGACUGUGCCAAGGCCUGCCUGGGUUGCAUGGGGGCAGGCCCCGGCCGUUGUAAGAAAUGCAGCCCUGGCUACCAGCAGGUGGGCUCCAAGUGUCUCGAUGUGGACGAGUGUGAGACAGAGGUGUGUCCAGGAGCAAAUGAGCAGUGUGAGAACACAGAGGGCAGUUACCGCUGUGUCUGUGCCGAGGGCUACCAACACAUGGAGGGCAUCUGUGUGAAGGAGCAGGUCCCAGAGUCGGCAGGUUUCUUCUCGGAGAUGACGGAGGAUGAGCUGGUAGUGCUGCAGCAGAUGUUCUUUGGUGUUAUCAUCUGUGCACUGGCCACGCUGGCCGCCAAGGGUGACUUGGUCUUCACUGCCAUCUUCAUCGGGGCUGUGGCUGCUAUGACUGGCUACUGGUUGUCCGAGCGCAGUGACCGAGUGCUGGAGGGCUUCAUCAAGGGCAGAUAA